CGACAUUAAAAAGAAAAGAAAAGAUAUUUCUGCAUCACUCGUGUCAAGAUUUAUUUUUUGCGAGUAUGAAAUUGCUAUUGAUGGAAGAAAUUUAAGAAUUUGUUUUGUAGCUAAAAUAUGACUUCUUUAAACCUUACAGCAGAAAAAUGACUUUUCUUUAAAAAACUGAUAAAGGAAUUAACUAUCAAUAUUCAUAGCCGUAAAAAAGCUUUAUGAUUAAAAUAGCUUUAAAUUCUUCUGCUUCAUUGUAUCCCCAACACCUAUCUUCAAAUGUUUUAUAUAAAAUUUAAAGUUCUGGUUUCGAAAUUAUAAUGUCACAGAAAGAAACUUUUGAACUAACUUUACUAUAUCAAUGCAUCUUUUAUAAUACAUACAAUAUAUGCAUGCAGAAAUUAAACGUAUUAUUUAGCUAAAUUUAAAGUAAAACCUAAAAAAUAACAUUUAUACGUUAUCGCAAAAUUUUUAUGAAAUUACUUUUUGAAUUACACAGUUUCUCCGAAAUGUCAUAAUGCAUAAAGGAAGAUAAAAUAAGGUAGUAAACUAGAAAAAAUAAUCUCUUUCUUAUCAGAUGAAACCUUGAUGCCUUCAAAUGAAUUUUAGCUCUGUUUUUACCGUUAUUUUUCACAACAAAAUCAAAAUUAUAAAAAUAUUAGACACAAUCUCCAAAGUAAUUUUUUGGAGAUACCUUUAAUUUUAUUUCAAAAUAGAAAAUAUAUGAAUAUCGAUUAAAGAAGUACCGACGUAUAUAUUUAUUCUACAACAAAGCUAUGUCUUUUCAGACAGUACGAAAAUUUUGUCUUGUGCACAUACAGUUAAGAUGAAAAUUAGCGAAUUAGGGCCACAUAAAACAAGACAAUGACAGUCCAUCAAAUAUAGAACUAUUUAACAUCUUGAAUAAAUUAAAUACCUAAAAUGAACUUGGACGCAGAGAAUAGGGUAGUCCUAAACGUGGGAGGAAUCCGACACGAGACCUACAAAGCCACUCUCAAAAAAAUUCCAGCCACGAGAUUGUCUAGAUUAACAGAAGCGUUGGCCAACUACGAUCCCGUCUUGAACGAGUACUUCUUUGAUCGCCAUCCUGGUGUUUUCGCCCAGAUUCUUAACUACUACCGAUCUGGCAAGUUGCAUUAUCCCACCGACGUCUGUGGACCACUAUUUGAAGAAGAACUCGAGUUCUGGGGCUUGGAUUCCAACCAAGUCGAACCUUGUUGUUGGAUGACUUACACUCAGCACAGAGAUACAAAAGAGACUUUAGCAGUAUUGGACCAACUAGAUUUGGACACGGAUAAGCCAAGUGAUGAAGAAAUUGCACUCAAGUUUGGAAUGGAAGAGGAAUUUCGGGCAGGAACUCUAUCUUGCUGGCAAAAGAUCAAACCUCGAAUGUGGGCGCUAUUUGAUGAGCCCUAUUCGUCAACUCCUGCUAAGGUGAUAGGCAUUAUGUCCGUGUUCUUCAUCUGCGUCUCUAUUCUCUCAUUCUGCCUGAAGACGCAUCCAAAUAUGCGUGUGCCAGUAAUACGAAACGUUACCGUACGUACCUCUCCCCCUUCCUCUAAUCCAAAUGCAACGGUUACUCAUGCAUGGACUUUGGACAAGACGCACACUUACCCGCACGACGUCUUCUUCUACAUCGAAUGCGUCUGCAACGCCUGGUUCACCUUUGAGAUAACGGUCCGCUUUAUCGCGAGUCCCAGAAAAAGUGAGUUCGUUUGUGGUGCCGUCAACCUUAUAGACUUCACGGCCACCUUGUCCUUCUACAUUGAUCUCGCUCUACAGAGGUUUGCUUCACACUUAGAAAACGCGGAUAUCCUAGAAUUCUUCAGCAUCAUCCGCAUCAUGAGGCUUUUCAAGCUGACCAGGCAUUCUGCCGGACUGAAAAUUCUCAUCCAAACCUUCAAGGCUAGUGCCGGGGAACUUAUCCUCCUUGUAUUCUUCCUGGUGCUAGGCAUUGUUAUCUUCGCGUCGCUCGUCUACUAUGCUGAAAGGAUACAGUAUAACCCGACCAACGACUUCAAUAGCAUACCUUUAGGACUGUGGUGGGCUCUGGUGACGAUGACCACAGUCGGCUAUGGGGAUAUGGUCCCCAAGACUUAUGCUGGCAUGUUUGUGGGCGCCCUAUGCGCACUGGCGGGUGUGCUCACCAUAUCACUGCCCGUGCCCGUCAUCGUGUCCAACUUCGCAAUGUUUUAUUCACACACGCAAGCCAGGGCCAAACUGCCUAAGAAGAGACGGCGCGUUAUGCCAGUCGAACAGAUCAGGGGCCAUGUGAUGAGAAGUCACGUGCCUAUGAGAACAGAAGCACCCCCUCCAGCACGACGGAUCAACGCACUAAAACAGAACAUACCAAAGGAUUUUUUAGGAGGAACGAGAACUGGUAAGUUAAAUUUAUUCUUUUUUUUUUUUUUUUAUACAGCGUCAUGCGUUUCCGGCAUUUUAUAA